GCUGGGACACGGCUGGGACACGGAAAGGGACGGGACGGGACGGGACGGGAGCGCAGCGCUGCCCGGUGUCCCAGCAGAGCGGUGUCGCACCUGUCCCGUACCUAUCCCGUGCCUAUCCCGUACCUAUCCCGCAUGAGCGGCUCCCGGAGCGCCGCUGCCGAGCCCUGAGCAGAGCCGAGCCCCCCCCGCCGCCCCGGGGCUGUCACCGGGCCAUGGCCGCGGCGGGGACGGAGCUGCCCGGUGCCAACGCCAGCGCCAACCAGAGCGCCGCCGACCCCACGGUGUCGCGGGACGUGUGGGUGGUGGGCAUGGGCAUCCUGAUGUCGCUGAUCGUGCUGGCCAUCGUCUUCGGCAACGUGCUGGUGAUCACGGCCAUCGCCCGCUUCCAGCGCCUGCAGACUGUCACCAACUACUUCAUCACCUCGCUGGCCUGUGCCGACCUGGUCAUGGGGCUGGCCGUGGUGCCCUUCGGCGCCUGCCACAUCAUCAUGGAGAUGUGGAAGUUUGGGAACUUCUGGUGCGAGUUCUGGACCUCCGUGGACGUGCUGUGCGUCACGGCCAGCAUCGAGACGCUGUGCGUGAUCGCCGUGGAUCGCUACUUCGCCAUCACGUCGCCCUUCAAGUACCAGAGCCUGCUGACCAAGGGCAAGGCUCGCGUGGUCAUCCUGGUGGUGUGGGUGGUGUCGGGGCUCACCUCCUUCCUGCCCAUCCAGAUGCACUGGUACCGGGCGGACCACGAGGAUGCCAUCCGCUGCUACGAGGACGAGAUGUGCUGCGACUUCUUCACCAACCAAGCCUACGCCAUCGCCUCCUCCAUCAUCUCCUUCUACCUGCCCCUCGUCGUCAUGGUGUUCGUGUACGCCAGGGUCUUCCAGGUGGCCAAGAAGCAGCUGCAGAAGAUAGACAGGAGCGAGGGGAGGUUUCACACCCAGAACAAGGAGCAGGAGCAGAAAGGGGGAGUCGGGCACCGCCGCACCUCCAAGUUCUUCUUGAAGGAGCACAAAGCCCUCAAAACGCUGGGCAUCAUCAUGGGCACCUUCACGCUGUGCUGGCUGCCCUUCUUCAUCGUCAACAUCGUGCACGUCAUCCAGGACAACAUCAUCCCCAAGUACGUGUACAUCCUCCUGAACUGGCUGGGCUACGUCAACUCUGCCUUCAACCCCCUGAUCUACUGCCGGAGCCCCGACUUCAGGUACGCCUUCCAGGAGCUGCUGUGCCUGCGCAGGUCCGCCCUCAAGAUGUACGCCAAUGGCUACUCCAACAGCAACGGCAGGAGCGACUACAACGAGGAGGAGAACGGCUACCCCCUGGCCCCGGAUAAAAGCUGCGAGCUGCUCUGCGAGGAGGGCUCCUUCCCUCGCCCCCAGGACUUUUUGCACGGCAAAGAGAUCCCUGGCUGCCCAGGAAUGGUGGAGAGCUGAAGGAUCCAAGCUCUGUUCCUCACCAGGCUGAGCUCAUGAGGGCUCUGCAGAGAUGGAGGGGGAGCUUCCCUGAGCUGGGGAUGCUGUGGGAAGUGAUGCCUUGGCAAAGCUCCUCAGCCCAACCCAUCACCCAGCACCAGGAGCAGCUGGGAAGGACAAGCAAGGGACCAGGAGAGGCUCUGGGAGCCUUGCAGAGGAGCUGCAGGGACUGAAGGAGGGCUUGGACCACCACAAAAGGUGCUGAGGGGGUUUUUCCCCCCUUGGAAAUCCCUUUCCAGAAGGGAGCUGCAGGCCCACGGGGGUGCCCAGCUGGUUGGGAAGAGGCACAGGGGGUCAGGAGCAGCUCAGAGCCCAGCAGGACGUGCCCAAGGCAGCCUGAGAGCUGGGUGGGAUCCAGCCCAGACCAAAGAGAGGAGCAUGGAAGAUCCCUUUGGUUCAUUCUGGGCUUGUUUCUCCUUCUGCUGCCUUCUCUGUCUCCCUCUUGUUCUCUGGAGAGCAGGGGGGCCCUGGCUGGCACCAGGAGCAGAAGGAUUGGCACAGGGCAGCAAGGUGGCUUUGGCUCCAGAAAUCCUGCAGCUGUCCUGCCUGGAGCUGAGCCUGGGGAAAAGCUGGGAGCUGGCAAUCCUUCCUCACAUUUCUGCAGGAUCAGACCCCCUUGGGAGCCAGGAUUUCCCACCUGAAGCUCAAAACAGGGCAGAACAUCCCUCCCUCCCUCUCCUGCAGCUGUGGGGAGGAGCACUCUGAGCUCCUGCUUUGGGAUUGUGGAAGACUCAUCAAGAGGAGAAAGAGGUGGAGGAUUUAUGGUCCCAGGCAGAAAAGAGCAGGAGGAACUGGCUGAAAAGCACCAAAAAUGUGCACCUUGGACUGGUCCCAGCCCUGUGGGCACUGAGAGCUGGUACUGAACUGUGGGAGCCCCAUCUCACACCUUCCCUCUCGGGCUCCCAGCUGCAGAACCUUUCCCCCCAGUGCAACCCUAUUUAUUUAUUUAUUGUCUUGCUGCUUGAUGUGAAGCUGCUAAAGGAGCCCCCUCCCCACAAACAGAGUCUGUGUGAGGGGCAGGACACAGGGACACCUCCCAAAACACAGGAGCACCCUCCUUGGUGGUGUUUUAAGGUUCCUUCCAACCAAACCCAUCUGGAGAGGAUGUCCCAUCCCUGGCAGUGCCCAGGGGGGUUGGAUGGAGCUCUGGCAUCGUGGAAAGUGUCCCCACCAUGGCAGGGAAUGGAACUGGAUGGGUUUGAGGUCCUUCCAUUCUGGGAUUCUGUGCACAUGAGGGCAAAGCUGAGAGCAGAGCUGCUGUCCCUGCAGGGUGGAUCUCUCAAGGACUGAGAGCCUGGGCAGAGCUUUGGUGGAAGGACAGGGGCUGCAGCAGCUCAGCAGUGCCUCUCUGUCCUGGUUUCCACAAGAGCUGCUCACCUGGGGGCUCUCAGGACACCCUGGGACACCCUGAGCUCUCCCUUCCCUCUGCAGAGCCCCACCAAGGCUUUGUCCAAACCUGCUGGGGGAUAUUUCCCAACAAAAAUCUGUUCCUCAGGAGGUUCCAGCCCCUUGCUCUGUCUGGGGAUUGUGUUCAGGGUUGUGGCAGUUCUCUUCCUCCCAAUCCCUGAUGUGCAGGAGCAGGUUCAGGGAGAGGAAAGGCUGAACUGGCUCCAAUCACUUUCCAGCCCAAAAGCAGGACCUGCCUUGCAGAGCUGCCCAGAUCCAGCUGCCUGGGACCCUUCAGGCUUGUCCCAUUCCUGCUGGAUCUGUUUCUGAGCUUCUGACCCCGGGCUGAUGGUGCUGUCCCCUGGGAGGAGGCUCUGUGCUCCACUGCAGGAGCUGCUGGGACUUUCCCACCUGCAUUUUCUCCUGGAAAAUUUUUCAUUCCAUUUUUUUCCUCGUGCUGCUCCUCAAGCACCUGCUGUUCAUCCUGACCUCUUCCCCUUCCCCUUCCAAGAACCUCCCUGUCCUUCCCUGCCCAUCAGUGAGUCUGCCAGGGAUCCAAACCCACUCCUGGCAGUGCCCAGCAGCUGCUCCCUCCCUCCCUGGGGCUGCAGGGGAGGGGCAAGCAGAGCCAAAAUGGAUCAGGGCUGGCACUGAGCGCUCCUGUCCCAAAAUAUCCGGGAGAAAUCCUUCCCUGGGAGAGGGGGGAGGCUCUGGAGUGAUUUCCCAGAGAAGCUGUGGCUGCCCCAUCCCUGGGAGUGUCCAAGGCCAGGUUGGACAGGGCUUGGAGCCACCUG